AUGAGUGGUCUGCCAACACGGUUGCCUUCUGGCCUCUACCUCAUUCCGUCUCGAUUGGGAUAUCUGUUGUCUGGCAACCCGAAUCCAGCCACUGCAGACAGCUCGAAUGCCUCUGCUUCUGACUCUGUGGUCUUUGUGUGCGCUACGGAACGCGUACCGGAUCUGUCCGAGAUGUGGUCUCUCGACAGUAUUGGUAUCAGUGACUCGCCGUUCCUCACUGACGACAACCGUGCCCAGCAGCACUUCAACUCAACCGUCCGAUUUCGCGAUGGCCGCUAUGAAGUCGCUUGGCCGUGGAAGUCUGAGACACCUGACCUGCGAGACAACUAUGGCCUCGCACUCGGUCGUUUGACCUCCCUCGCUAAGCAGCUCGCUAGGGACCAUGACCUGCUAUUGCGCUACGAUGCAGUGAUCCAGUCUCAGGUUGAGCUGGGUAUUGUUGAACGUGUGUCAACCAACACUUCAACUCACACCGUCAAGCACUACCUGCCGCACCAGCCAGUCGUGACACCCUCCAAGGCGACCACUAAGCUGCGCAUCGUAUACGACGCCUCGGCCAAGUCAUCCAAAGCAGCGAAGUGUCUGAACGAGUGCAUGCAUCGUGGCCCUAUCAACUUGCCGAAUCUCUGUGGCAUACUUCUCCGCUUCCGUUGCCACUCCAUUGUGCUGUUGGCUGACAUCGAGAAAGGGUUUCUCCAGCUCAGCAUUCGGCCGGCUGACCGAGAUGUCACACGUUUCCUCUGGUUUGACGAUCCAGCAAACCCUGCCACAUCCAAGGACAACUUGGCUGUGUAUCGCUUCUGUAGGAUGCCGUUCGGUAUUGUUGCCAGUCCGUUUCUGCUGGAAGCUACUAUCCAUCACCAUCUGCAGCUGCAGUGUACUCCUCUUGCCGCUUCUAUCGAUCAGAAUAUCUACGUGGACAACGUGUUGAUUGGUGUCUCGGAUGUUUCUGAUGUUCUUGCUGUAUAUGAGGAGGCCAAGUCCGUUUUCCAGCGUGCAUCAAUGAAUUUGCGUGAGUGGACAACCAAUAGUACAGCUGCUCGGGUGACUCUACCAGCGGAUGACAUCGUCACGACUCGACAUGUCAAGGUGCUUGGUUUACAGUGGGACACACAUGACGAUGUAUUGUCAAUUGCUGGUACUCGCUGCACCCUCUCUGCUGCUGCACCUGCUACUAAGCGCAUUGUCUUUCAAGCCGUCUCUGCUUUGUACGAUCCGCUUGGUCUACUCGUCCCAGCCAUUCUGUCUGGGCGCCUGCUACUUCGUCAAUUGUGGCAAGCUGAGCUCAAUUGGGAUGACCCUCUACCUGCACACUUUACUGACGAAUGGUCUGCUAUCUCCUCUAUGAUGGCAUCGCUCUCUUCGAUCACUAUUCCCCGUUUGUGUUGUCCGGUCGGCAGCGCUACGGAUGUGCAGCUCCAUAUCUUCACGGACGCUUCUGUCAAUGCGUAUGCAGCUGCUGGCUACCUCCGGGUCACAGAUGGCAGUUCGGUACACUCUGCCCUCGUCUUCAGCAAGAUGCGGCUCGCACCAGCUCCCAAGAAGUCAUCUUCUACAGCUGACACCAUGACCAUUCCUCGCCUGGAAUUACUGGGUGCUGUCAUAGGUGCUCGACUUGCGUCAUUCCAUCGGCAGGAGCUCAACCUCACGCUCUCGUCCACUACUGUCUGGACUGAUGCCAAGUGCGUUCUGCAUUGGCUUGUAUCAAGUCGGGACCUGUCUACAUUUGUGGCCAAUCGCAUCGCUAGUUUACGUGCUCUGCCGGACAUCAUGUAUCGCUAUGUCCCCAGUGCUGCUAAUCCUGCUGAUUUGGCUACUCGUCCGCAAACAGCUGCGCAGCUCGCCGACAGUACUCUAUGGUGGUCUGGUCCUUCGUGGCUAACAGAAGACGUCAGCAAAUGGCCUGCUUCUAGUCACCCCACCAUCACUCCUCAGGACUUGGCGUUGGCCGAGGCCGAGUAUCGUGGACCUCGUCUCAUCCACAGCAUGCUCGCUACCCAACCAGUCCUGCCGCCGUCACUUGUGCAGCAGUCUAUCCUAACGCGCUCGUCCUCACUGUCCAAAGCCGUCAGGAUCUUGACCUACUGCAUGCAUUUCCUCUAUCGUGUUGUGUGGACUCGGUUGCCCGCUGCUCAGCAGACACGCCUUCAGGAUGGCCAUGCUCUGCUAGCUCAGCUACUCAGCCAGUUUGCUGCUCAACCGCAUGUCUUCAGCGUCAGUGUGCGACGCUUGGUUCUGUCUCUAUUCGUACGUUCAGCGCAGCACAGCUCCUAUCCUGAUCUGUACACUGGUUCUCUCGCUGAUAGCACGUCACCGUUGGUGAAGCAAUUUGGUCUUCAGCGUAACCAGCUCGGUGUUAUCCGUUGUCAUGGCAAGCUUGCUCACGUCCAUGCUACCAGCCAGCCUGCUCUGCUGCCACGCCAGCAUCGUCUCACUGUCUUGAUCAUUCUCGACAUCCAUGGUCGCCUGCUGCAUGCUGGUCCAAGCCACACCCUCGCACAGCUUCGCCUCAACUUCUGGGUUCCUCAUGGUCGUCAGGCUGUUCGCCAAGAACUGAAGCUAUGUCUUGUGUGCCGUCGUCAAGACUCGCCACCCUAUCGUCUUCCGUUGAUGCCGCCUCUGCCUGCUGAGCGUGUCAACCCUGCUCAUCCAUUUGAGUUCACCGGUCUGGACUACUUUGGACCAUUGCUCAUCAAGCAGUCCGACUCCUCCACGACCAAGGUAUGGGUCUGUUUAUUCACCUGUUUCGCUAUCCGUGCUGUCCACCUCGAGUUCGUGGAUGACAUGUCCACAGCUGCCUUCAUCUCUGGCUUACGUCGCUUCAUUGCUCGUCGUGGCGUACCGCGUCUGUUGUAUUCUGACAACGCCAGCCAAUUUCACCUCGCCAGUUCUGCCGUGCCGGAUGUCUGGUCCUCUCUACCGUCUGACCCCGUCCUAGGCGAGUUUCUCUCUCAACGUCAGAUCACGUGGAAAUUCACCACUGCACUCGCCCCAUGGCAAGGUGGUAUUUAUGAGUGCAUGGUUGGCCUUGUGAAGGGCUGCAUGCGGAAAGUUGUUGGCCGGCAGUUGCUCUCGCUCCCACAGCUCCUCACCUUGCUGGCUGAAGUUGAAGCUGUCGUCAACAACCGCCCACUGACUCCCGUUUCGGCUGACGAUGAAGGUCCUGGUCUUCUCGUGCUCUCACCAGCUCACUUCCUCGUUGGUGGUCGACCCACGCUGAUCCCUGUCGACACAUCCUCUGCUGAUGAUCCCGACUAUUCACCUGAUAUCAGCUCCCGGGAUCACAUCUUGCAGUGGUGGAGGGCGUCCCAAGUUCUCUUGGAACGUUUCUGGAAAUGCUGGCGGACUGAGUACUUGCAAUUACUCAGGGAACGUGCGAACCCUGAUCACCGCCAGCCCAAGACGUCUCUAUCCGGCCAGCCACAGGUCGGGGAGAUCGUCAUCGUCAAAUCCGAAGGUAUACCACGUGGCCAGUGGCACAUUGGCAAGGUAACAGCGGCUAACGCUAGUGCGACAGAUGGUUGCGUCCGCUCAGCAGAGGUCCUGAUGCGUCUGGCCGCACAGUGGAACGCCCACUAUCGCUGCUGUAUCCACUCGAGGUACCCAGCACCCGGCAGGAUGAUGCCCCCGCAGUCGUCAGCAGCCAGGAAUCGGAUAAUGCUCCUGGAGUGCAAGCACCACCGCCAUCAGCAACCCGCCCGAGGCGCAAGGCUGCCGAUCAGGCACGCCAAAACAUCGCUAGAUGGACGGCUUGUAACUUCACGGCGUUAA